AUGGCCAUCAUCCGGAGCCCCAAUAAAGACCUUAACCUAGCCGAAGACUUCGCCAUUGCCUGCUUCAUCGCCGUCUCCUGGUACAAUGCCAUCGAGCUCAUCGUCCUGUGCUUCACCACCUUCAAGAAACGCGGUGGCUUCUACUUCUGGGCCCUCCUCGUCUCCUCGAUCGGUAUUCUCCCCUUCGGUCUCGGUUACAUCCUCCUCAUCUUCGACAUCUACCCGGGCUACUUCUCCGUCUCGCUCGCAGACUUAGGAUGGUGCGCCAUGGUAACGGGCCAGUCCCUGGUCCUCUGGUCCCGACUCCAUCUCGUCGUAUACAGUCGCAUGAUCCUGCGCGCCUCGCUCGCCAUGAUCAUCAUCGACGGAGUCAUCCUCCAUACCAUCGGCUGGGUCUUCGAGAUGGGCACCCAGUCCCCGCGGUCCGGAUGGUUCACCCCAGCAUUUACCAUCUUCGAGCGCGUCCAGCUCAUCGGCUUCUCCAUCCAGGAAAUCAUCCUCUCAAUUAUCUACACCAAGGCCUCACUCCAACUCCUCAGACUCCGUCCAAGACAGCAGUACCGCUCGACCCUCGUCCAGCUGGUCAUCAUCAACGUCCUCUUCAUCCUCAUGGACGCCGCCAUCGUCAGCUUCCAGUACGCGGGGCUCUUCCACGUCCAUGUCUCCUUCAAAGCUAUGGUGUACAGCGUCAAGCUCAAGCUCGAGUACGCGAUCCUGGGGAAACUGGUGCACAUGUCGAAAAUGUCGCAUUCGAAUUCUGCGCCGACGGACCGGUCCGAGGCAGUGGAGAUGUCGUCGCGGAGGACGAAUAACCGGUCGCAUCUGGAGCAGACGAGGGAGCAUCGCGAGAGCCAGGCGAGUAUUAUUCGUGAAGGGGCGGAGUUUGAUGGUGAGGAUCUGGCGGAUUAUUCGCAGACGGGCUCGAUGAAGGGGUCGUUUCCGUCUAGCAAAGAGCCGGAUGCUGCGUGUGUUGAGGUGGGUCAUCGGUUGUAG